ACAUUCCGUCUUCUUUUUCCCGGCAAACAAAAAAGAGAACUGAUAAACGUAACGCAAUAGUGGAAAAUUGUUGAGACAUGACGAGUUUUCGCAAACGGACCGUGCAAAAACCAAUCCGUGGCACACGCACAAGCCCCCACACCGCCCAGGUGAUCACCUCCAGCGGUAAUCCAUCGCUCGAUCUGAUUUUAGGCGGCGGACUGCCCAUCGGCUCGAUAUGCCUGAUUGAGGAGGAUCGGUUUAUGACGCACGCCAAGGUGCUGGUCAAGUACUUCUUGGCGGAGGGCGUGCUGUCCAAGCAGGAGAUAUUUCUGGGCAGCCUGGACGAUUUGCCAGCGGAAAUGCUGCGUCGUCUGCCCAAGCCGCUGACCGACGAGGAGGUGGAGCAGGAGCAGCGCCAGGAGCAAGAGCAGCCGGCGGAUAAGAAUGGGCUGCGCAUUGCCUUUCGCUACAGCGACUUGCCGCUGGUCAAUUCGGAGCAGGCAACUGCCAAAAUAGGACAUCAUUUCAAUUUGAUGGAGCACAUGGAACCGAUGAUGCUCUCCUAUGCCCAGGCCACCAUCUGGGAUGAUAACAACAAAGCCAAUAUUGUUGUCCAAGAGGAUGACAUAUGCAACUCCACCAGCUCACUGGAGCCAACUGCUGCUGCUAGCGGCGAUGAAGCAGCUCCAGUUGUUCAGCUCGAGGCCCAAAGCACUGCCAGCAACAACAACAACAACAACAAUAACAACAACAAUGACAAUGCUACCACGGACAGCAGCACUGCCAACAAUGCAACAAGCACAGCCGCAACAACAGCUGCAAGUGCAAAUGAGUCGGCGUCGGCAACUGCAACUGCAUCGCCGCCAGCCGCUCAGCCACAUUUCUUCUACAAUCCACGAUAUGGCCGCCUGCUCGACUAUCUGCAGCUGCUGCUGAACGACGAGAGCUUCGAGCCGGGCACCAAUGUGCAGCAGAAGAAUCUGUGCCGCGUCUGCCUCACCUCGCUGGGCUCGCCACUCUGGUACGAUGAGCACUUUGCCGAGGAUCUGCUCAAGUUUCUAACCAUAUUGCGCGCCAGCGUGCGCAGCUGCACCGCCGUCUGUUUCAUCACAAUGCCCAUGCAUCUGAUAGCCAAAUAUGAAACCAGCUUGGUGCCCAAGAUACGUCAAUUGGUGGACUAUGCCAUUGAGCUGGAAUCGUUUGCCGGCUCCGAGCGUGAAACGCAUCCGGCCUUCAAGGAGUACAGCGGCCUGUUGCAUCUGCACAAGAUGAGCGCCAUCAAUACGCUGGCCGUGCACAUGCCCGAGACCACGGAUCUGGCAUUUAAGCUGCGCCGCAAGAAGUUUGUCAUUGAGAAGCUGCAUCUGCCACCAGAGCUGCAGGAGACGUCGGAUCAGGCGGCAGCUGCUGAUAUGAUGGCCUUGCCCAACUGCAGCGCCAAUAUGCCCGUCAAUUCAAAUGUUUCCAUGGAUUUCUAGUGCCUGUUUGGCCCGAUAUUAUGGCCAUUGCCACCACGUUUUGUUGGUUGUUUCAUUAAACCUAAUUUUAUACUCUGUCUCUGCGCAAACAAAAAAAAUCCCAAAGCUGUGCGAAUGCAAAUCAAAUCUUUUGUACAACAAACCAAACUCAUUAUUUGGCCUCAAAAUCAACCCAAAACAAAAACUAAACUAAAAUGAAAGCCACAGCAAAAGCAAAUGCUGAAAAAAAGUUAUAAAACAAUUACCAAUUAUAUAUACAAUAUAGAGCGUUUGGCGUUUAUUAGACGCAAACGCCGUUAGUACAACCAA